UAACUCUAAAACCCACCAAAUCAAAACAUCUAAACUCCAAAAAAUACUCAAACUUCCAAGAUGAACCACCUGAAAUUCUUCCCCAUUUUCUCUCUCCUCCUAGCCCUAACUUCCCUGUUCUCCACACCCACCAAUGCAGCCAUGUUUGUAGUGAGAAACAACUGCCCUUACACAGUGUGGGGUGCAGCAGUGCCCGGUGGUGGCCGGCAAAUGAACCCUGGUGCAACAUGGAUUGUUUACGCCAACCCUGGGCAGACUGCAGCCCGGAUUUGGGCCCGUACCGGCUGCCGAUACAACGGGCAGAACGGGCUCAUAUGCAACACAGGAGACUGUGGUGGGCAAUUCCAUUGCACAGGCUAUGGAAGAGGCCCCAACACCUUAGCUGAGUAUGCCUUAAAACAGUGGAAUGACCUUGAUUUCUUUGACAUUUCCUUGGUGGAUGGGUUUAAUGUACCCAUGAGUUUUUUGCCCACAAACGGGUGCAAUAGAGGGCCUACUUGUGCUGCUGAUCUUAACGGGCCGUGUCCGGGUCCGCUACGGGCCAAUGGUGGGUGCAACAAUGCUUAUAAUUACAGUUACUCAAGGUUUUUCAAGGGAAGGUGCCCUGAUGCUUACAGUUAUCCACAAGAUGAUGCAACUAGCAUGUAUUCUUGCCCUUCUGGCACUAAUUAUAAGGUUACCUUCUGCCCUUGAUUUAUUCAAGGGAAACACUUGGUAAUCUUAAUUAAGCUUUCGAAUACUCUACUCUUAUGAAUAAAUGGAUUAGUACUAUCCAUAAUCCAUCUUAUGUAAGGAGCUGAGCUUGCAAAUGUUUAAUAUUCUCUACGUUGUAUGCAAUAUGAUUGGUGUUAUACUUUA